AUGGUGAAGAUGUAUUCUAUACAGAGGAGUCAAUUCUACACCACAGUGACCUCGAAUGAUAGUGUCCUUCAUCUACAACGCAAGAAGAAAUGUGGUUGGAUGCUACGGGGUACCAAAUCUAGUGAGCACUCGCGUGGUUUUACCAUAGUCACGUACAAAGGCCCGCACCGGGAAAUAUGUGUCACUGAAAUACUAUCUACCGAUCACCCACACUUGGAUUCGUCCAUAAUAGCAGAGUAUGUGAAGUCCUUUGUGCGGAAAGAUCCGUCCUUGAAAGUUGAAUUCAUACAGGAACUAAUCUCCAAGCAAUUUCAUUUUGAUGUCCCGUAUCGGAGAGCGUGGUAUGCCAAGGAGAAAGCGGCUGAAAUAUUUUGGGAUUGGGAGAGUUCUUACGACAGACUUCCGCACUUCAUGCUAGCACUCCUACGGUCAAACCCGGGAACAUGUGUCAUAUGGAAACACAAAGAUUUGGUGGACGGUGUGUACUACAGCAACAUGGAAGUGUUUGAACGAGUGUUUCAGGCCUUCGGUCCUUGUAUCGACGGCUUUAAACAUUGUAUGCCUGUUAUAUGUAUCGAUGGAACGCACUUGUACGUGAAGUAUAAAGGAACACUGUUGGUUGCUACAAGUGUUGAUGCAAGCUUCCAAGUAUUUCCUCUAGCAUUUGCGGUGGUUAAAGGGGAAAACACUUCCAGUUGGUCUUGGUUCCUGGGUUGUAUUCGGGAUCGUGUCACGCAACGGGAUGGCCUCUGUGUUAUAUAUGAUCGACAUCCUGGGAUCAUUGCAGCAAUGAAUGAUCCUAAUGUUGGAUUCACCCAGCCACAAGCCUAUCAUAGGUUUUGUGUCCGCCACAUAGCUUCUAACUUGAAGACUCACGUGCGAAGUAACGACAUGAGAGAUAAGUUCAAGCCUGCGGCGUACCAAAGGCAGGAAAGAAGACUUCAAGCUGAUCUGUGUUUCAUUAGUGAGGCAUGUACCAAGGCCAUGGAGUACAUUGUUCAAGUCCCGUACACUAUGUGGUCUCUCUUUCACGACAAUGGUCGCAAAUAUGGGAUAUGUACUACAAACUUCUCAGAAACAUUUAACAAUGUGUUGAAGGGAGCUCGCUGGGGUAGUUCCUGUUUGGCGAUGUUGUAUCGCCACCUGUGUAGAGCCUCACAGAGUGGUGCACUCGAGAUUGGUGGACCUCUAAUCGUGCUUCAGUUAUGGGCUUGGGAGCACAUCCAUGUAGGAAGACCAGGUAGGCCUGCUGUACAUCGUUGGGGGUAG